UCUGAUGUUGGAAGACAAGCACGCAGAUGUGUGUUACUUUUCAAGCCUGGACAUCGUUUCUGAGGAAUUUAACUCCACCUCUCCUGCCAGAAUGGAAAAUCAACGCCCCCAUUCCCGCCCUUCACCAACCCCUCUCCGCCUGCCCCUUUCCCUUGGGUCCUCUCCUGUUACAGAAGUUCUGAUUUUUCCUAGCGAGCUGGAGGAAAGGCAGUGAUUUGCCUUCAAGGAAACUGGGGAGUCAGAAAAUUGGGAACUCAUAUCAACAUGGCAAACCUAUUGAAAACAGUGGUGACUGGCUGUUCGUGUCCUUUACUUAGCAAUUUGGGGUCCUGUAAGGGUCUACGUGUGAAGAAGGAUUUUUUACGAACAUUUUAUACUCACCAAGAACUGUGGUGUAAAGCGCCUGUAAAACCAGGAAUUCCAUAUAAGCAACUGACUGUUGGAGUCCCCAAAGAGAUAUUCCAAAAUGAGAAGCGAGUGGCAUUGUCUCCUGCUGGCGUUCAGAACUUGGUCAAGCAGGGUUUUAACGUUGUCGUGGAAUCGGGUGCGGGCGAAGCUUCCAAGUUCUCAGAUGAUCACUAUAGAGCGGCAGGUGCCCAAAUCCAAGGGGCAAAGGAAGUGCUGGCUUCUGAUUUGGUGGUCAAAGUGCGAGCCCCUAUGGUUAAUCCAACAUUAGGUGUUCAUGAAGCUGACCUUUUAAAGACAUCGGGAACGCUGAUUAGUUUUAUUUACCCAGCCCAAAAUCCAGAGUUGCUAAAUAAACUUUCCCAAAGAAAAACUACAGUUCUGGCAAUGGACCAGGUUCCAAGAGUCACAAUUGCUCAGGGAUAUGAUGCGCUAAGCUCCAUGGCCAACAUUGCGGGUUAUAAGGCUGUUGUCCUAGCAGCAAAUCAUUUUGGACGUUUUUUUACUGGUCAGAUCACAGCUGCUGGAAAAGUUCCUCCAGCUAAGAUUCUGAUAGUUGGUGGUGGUGUUGCUGGGCUUGCUUCUGCAGGCGCAGCAAAGUCGAUGGGUGCAAUUGUUCGAGGAUUUGACACAAGAGCUGCAGCUUUGGAACAGUUCAAGUCUCUUGGUGCUGAGCCCUUGGAGGUGGACUUGAAGGAAUCUGGUGAGGGACAAGGAGGAUAUGCAAAAGAGAUGUCCAAAGAGUUCAUUGAAGCUGAAAUGAAACUCUUUGCUCAACAAUGCAAGGAGGUAGACAUCCUUAUCAGCACAGCACUUAUUCCAGGUAAAAAAGCUCCAGUUUUAUUUAAUAAAGAAAUGAUUGAGUCAAUGAAGGAAGGUUCAGUUGUUGUGGAUUUAGCUGCUGAGGCUGGUGGAAACUUUGAAACCACUAAGCCAGGAGAACUCUACAUUCAUAAGGGAAUUACUCACAUAGGCUACACAGACCUGCCCAGCCGAAUGGCCACUCAGGCCAGCACCCUAUAUUCCAACAACAUCACCAAACUCCUGAAGGCCAUCAGCCCGGACAAAGAUAAUUUUUAUUUUGAUGUGAAAGAUGACUUUGACUUUGGUACGAUGGGUCAUGUCAUUAGAGGAACUGUAGUGAUGAAAGAUGGUAAAGUGAUUUUCCCAGCUCCCACACCGAAAAAUAUUCCUCAAGGUGCCCCAGUAAAACAGAAGACAGUGGCUGAGCUGGAAGCUGAAAAAGCAGCUACCAUUACACCCUUCAGGAAGACAAUGUCAACGGCUUCUGCAUAUACAGCAGGUCUCACAGGGAUACUGGGUUUGGGCAUUGCGGCUCCCAAUCUAGCCUUUUCUCAGAUGGUGACCACUUUUGGCUUGGCUGGCAUUGUGGGGUAUCAUACUGUCUGGGGAGUGACCCCUGCUCUCCACUCACCACUGAUGUCUGUGACAAAUGCAAUCUCAGGGCUGACUGCAGUUGGUGGGUUGGCACUGAUGGGAGGACAUUUGUAUCCUUCCACAACUUCUCAGGGCCUUGCUGCUCUUGCUGCAUUCAUAUCCUCUGUCAACAUUGCAGGUGGCUUUCUGGUGACUCAGAGAAUGCUGGACAUGUUCAAGCGUCCCACUGACCCCCCAGAAUACAACUACCUGUACCUGCUCCCUGCCGGCACCUUUGUUGGUGGAUAUUUAGCUGCCCUCUACAGUGGUUAUAACAUUGAACAGAUCAUGUACCUAGGCUCGGGUUUGUGCUGUGUCGGUGCCUUGGCUGGCCUCUCCACCCAGGGAACAGCACGUCUUGGCAAUGCAUUGGGCAUGAUUGGGGUUGCUGGAGGACUGGCAGCCACCCUCGGAGUCCUAAAACCGGGCCCAGAAUUACUAGCUCAGAUGUCUGGAGCGAUGGCUUUGGGUGGUACCAUUGGAUUGACAAUUGCCAAACGCAUCCAGAUUUCUGAUUUACCUCAAUUAGUUGCUGCUUUUCACAGUUUAGUGGGUUUGGCAGCUGUACUUACUUGCAUAGCUGAGUACAUUAUAGAAUAUCCACAUUUUGCUACGGAUGCAGCAGCAAAUCUCACCAAGAUUGUGGCCUACCUCGGCACUUACAUUGGUGGCGUCACCUUUAGUGGGUCUCUCAUUGCCUAUGGAAAAUUGCAGGGUCUCCUGAAAUCUGCCCCUCUCCUACUGCCUGGAAGGCACUUACUCAAUGCAGGCUUACUGGCUGCUAGUGUGGGCGGGAUAAUCCCAUUCAUGGUGGACCCAAGCUUUGCCACUGGCAUCACCUGUCUGGGUUCAGUGUCUGCUCUCUCUGCUGUCAUGGGUGUGACUUUGACAGCUGCUAUUGGGGGUGCUGACAUGCCUGUCGUUAUCACUGUGCUGAACAGCUACUCAGGCUGGGCCCUGUGUGCAGAGGGCUUCCUGCUCAACAACAAUCUGCUGACCAUCGUGGGUGCACUCAUAGGCUCGUCUGGUGCUAUCCUGUCAUACAUCAUGUGUGUGGCAAUGAAUCGCUCCCUGGCUAAUGUGAUUCUUGGAGGCUAUGGCACCACUUCAACAGCUGGUGGAAAACCCAUGGAAAUUUCUGGCACACAUACGGAAAUCAACCUUGACAAUGCAAUUGACAUGAUUCGAGAAGCUAAUAGCAUUAUUAUUACACCAGGCUAUGGUCUCUGUGCAGCCAAAGCUCAAUACCCCAUUGCUGAUUUGGUAAAGAUGCUCACUGAGCAAGGCAAAAAAGUCAGGUUUGGAAUUCACCCAGUUGCAGGCCGAAUGCCUGGUCAGCUUAAUGUGCUGCUGGCUGAGGCUGGUGUGCCAUAUGACAUUGUGUUGGAAAUGGAUGAGAUCAAUCAUGAUUUUCCAGAUACUGAUUUGGUCCUUGUAAUUGGAGCUAAUGACACUGUUAAUUCAGCAGCUCAAGAAGAUCCCAACUCUAUUAUUGCAGGCAUGCCAGUCCUUGAGGUCUGGAAAUCAAAGCAGGUGAUUGUUAUGAAGAGGUCUUUGGGUGUUGGCUAUGCUGCAGUGGACAAUCCAAUCUUCUACAAACCUAACACGGCCAUGCUUCUAGGUGAUGCCAAGAAAACAUGUGACGCGCUCCAGGCGAAAGUUAGAGAAUCCUAUCAGAAGUAAAUAUUAAGGAUCAAGCUGUUAGCUAAUAAUGCCACCUCUGCAGUUGUGGGAACAGGUGAAUAAAGUAUCAGUAUACAUGGUGAUGUACAUCUGUAGCAAAGCUCUUGGAAGAAAAUGAAGACUGAAGAAAGCAAAGCAAAAACUGUAUAGAGAGAUUUUUCAAAAGCAGUAAUCCCUCAAUUUUAAAAAAGGAUUGAAAAUUCUAAAUGUCUUUCUGUGCAUAUUUUUUGUGUUAGGAAUCAAAAGUAUUUUAUAAAAGGAGAAAGAACAGCCUCAUUUUAGAUGUAGUCCUGUUGGAUUUUUUAUGCCUCCUCAGUAACCAGAAAUGUUUUAAGAAACUAAGUGUUUAGGAUUUCAGGACAACAUUAUACAUGGCUCUGAAAUAUCUGACACAAUGUAAACAUUGCAAGCACCUGCAUUUUAUGUUUUUUUUUUCAACAAAUGUGACUAAUUUGAAACUUUUAUGAACUUCUGAGCUGUCCCCUUGCAAUUCAACCAGUUUGAAUUAACCAUAUCAAAUCAGUUUUAAUUUUUUAAAUUGUACUUCAGAGUCUAUAUUUCAAGGGCACGUUUUCUCACUACUAUUUUAAUACAUUAAAGGACUAAAUAAUCUUUCAGAGAUGCUGGAAACAAAUCAUUUGCUUUAUAUGUUUCAUUAGAAUACCAAUGAAACAUACAACUUGAAAAUUAGUAAUAGUAUUUUUGAAGAUCCCAUUUCUAAUUGGCGAUCUCUUUAAUUUCGAUCAACUUAUAAUGUGUAGUACUAUAUUAAGUGCACUUGAGUGGAAUUCAACAUUUGACUAAUAAAAUGAGUUCAUCAUGUUGGCAAGUGAUGUGGCAAUUAUCUCUGGUGACAAAAGAGUAAAAUCAAAUAUUUCUGCCUGUUACAAAUAUCAAGGAAGACCUGCUACUAUGAAAUAGAUGACAUUAAUCUGUCUUCACUGUUUAUAAUACGGAUGGAUUUUUUUUCAAAUCACUGUGUGUUCUGAGGUCUUAUGUAAUUGAUGACAUUUGAGAGAAAUGGUGGCUUUUUUUAGCUACCUCUUUGUUCAUUUAAGCACCAGUAAAGAUCAUGUCUUUUUAUAGAA